AUUGCCACGCCCACGCGCAAUACAUUUCCCAGCACGCAGCGCCGUACGCACGGCGCGGCACGGGCACGGUCCUCCACCGCCGCCGCGCCUCCUCGCCGGAUCCGCGCGCGGCGGCGCACUGGCCGAGGCCGCGCGUGGUGGCGUCCCCUUCGAGCGCGGAGCUCCAGCGCCGGUGGCUCCUCCGGAGCGGAGCUCGAGCGCGGACGCCGGCCUCCCUCUCCUCGGCUAGCAGCGACGCGCCGCCGUGCUUCCCUCCCUCCUCUCCCUGCGCGUGCGCUGCCCUCCGGGCCUUCACAGCCGCCGUGCUGCGCCUCGCUCGCUCCACCGUCGUGCUCCCUCCAUCGUCCGUCGGUCGCGCCGCUCCUGCUCGCCCCGGCCGGCGUCGUCCGCUACCCGCAGCGUGCCAGCGGCGGCAGCUCCUCUGGGCGGCGACGGCGCUCCCCUUCCUCCUCCGCUGGGCCGCCAUUGGCUUCUCCCUUUCUAGCACGGUCGUGGGGAGGGGGCACGCGGGCCCCGCGCCAGGGGCCACGUUGCCGAUAGCGGAGCUACUCCACACCCUCUGAAAAUAGAGGAACGGACUCCGUAAGCUUCCCAGUAUGCCGGUGCCACACAGCCUAAACCCUUCCGAAAGAAUCCCCAAAUCUCGCACGCCCCGAAGCCUUCGAGGCCCGAAACCCUAGCACCUCGGCCGCCCCGCCGCCGCGCCCCCAUGGCUCCAGGACUCCAGCGCUUCUCCGACAUUGCCGGCGACGGAGCGCCCCGCCUCGACGCCGCCUCCGGCGAGGAGCUGGUCCGGGUGGACCGCGCCGCCUCCGUCGCCCUCGGCCGCCGCUCGCCGGAGCCGCCGGGGACCCUGUUCGUCACCACCAGGAGGGUGAUUUGGCUCAGCGAGGAGGAGAAGGGCAAGGGCUACGCCGUGGACUUCCUCGCCAUCUCGCUCCACGCUGUGUCGCGCGACCUGGAGGCGUAUCCCUCGCCCUGCCUCUACGCGCAGAUUGAGGCAGAAGUUGCCACGGAUGAGGAGGCUGCUGAAUCAAAUCCUGAAGCAAAUGAUGAAUUAGAGCUAUCAAGAGUCUCUGAAUUGCGCAUUAUACUGGGGGACCCUGGUCAAUUGGAUGCACUUUUUGAUGUCUUCUGUCAUUGCGCUGAACUGAAUCCUGAUCCUAAUGCUGAGCGCAAUGGGGAGAAUGGUUGGUUCCAUGGUGAAGAUAUGGUUGAUGGUGGCUGGGUUCAUGGUGGUGAAGACAUGGUUGAUGAAAAUGGCACCCAGUUUUCCAAUGCGAAUCCAAUAGGUCAAAAUGGUGGAUAUGACCUCAGUCAAUCAGUAUUUGAGCUUCAAAUCAACGACCAGCGCUUUGAGGAUGCAGAUGAGGAACAGGAGAUCCAUGAAAAUGGACAUUAGAAACAGGAAUAUGUUGCUCAAACGCACCAUGUGAUUUAUUUUGUUGUAGAUCACUACCGAUGCAGAUUUGUUGCCUACUGUUUCGUCUACAUUAUCUGCCUUCGAUGUUAUAAGAUUAACAUCUCUGGGCGACUUUCUGGAGUUGCAUCGAUGGUUACUUUUGGUGAGAAAAGGUCUUGCUGCUGGUCAAGAAUGUAACUUGUAGAGCAUGAUGGGGAAUCGUGUGAAUUAGUUCGGUACUUUUGAUCUAACAAAUAGAAGUGAACUUGGGAAAAGAAAUAUAUUAUCUUUUCCCUUGUAUAUCAUGGCAUAACUAUAUGACAUCUGUUUAGAA